AUGAUGGCCGCGCCCUCCGAGGGCGUAACGGCACAGCAUCUGCAGAGCCAUGGAGACAUCAUUGCCAGGGAGUCGCCGGGAGACAGCGUGAGCUGCCUGGCAUGGUUGAUGAUCUCCAAAGAAGCUAUUUUCCAGUUGCAGACGCAGCAGGAUACGGAGCUGGGCUCCCACAGUGCUCCAAUCAGAUAUGUCUCAACCUUGGAGGACCAGAACCUCAUUGUCUCUGGCAGCUGGGACAAAACAUUACGGUUCUGGAGCCCGCAGCAGCCGCAGCCUGUGAACACAGUGCAACUACCAGAUCGUGUCUUUGCCAUGGACAUAAAGUUCCCACUGAUGGUAGUGGGCCUUGCUGACAGGCAGAUGCUCACCUUCGACCUUAGCCAAGGUGGAGCAAGCCUUCAGACACCAAAUUCUACCAUUUCCAGUCCGCUGAAGAUGCAGACGCGGACAAUCUGCUGCUUCCCAAGUAAGGCCGGCUAUGCCGUUGGUGGCAUCGAGGGCCGCUGCUCAGUGAAGAACCUGCAGGACCCUUCCAAGACCUUUUCCUUCAAGUGCCACCAGACAACAACGUCUGCCGGGUCAGUGAAUGGCUGCUUGAACAGCCUGAGGAAGUAUCUUGCAGUUUUUUGCUUGGACUUUCAUCCGGUCGACACAAGCACCCUGGUGACUGCGGGUAGUGACGGUGCCUUCAUCGCCUGGGAUACAGCCAACAAGAAAUGCCUGAGGCGCUGUGAUGCCAGUAAGACUUCCAUCAGCGCCUGCCGCUUCAACGCUGCUGGCAACCUCCUAGCCUACGCGGUCUCUUACGACUGGAGCAGGGGCUGUGAGGGCUUCCAGGAUAACCUGCCAAAGCAGGUUGUCAUCCAUCGGUACAAGAAGCAGUGA